AUGUACACCUCCUAUGAAAUACACACACGCACAAAUAUUCCAGCAUUCAAGCUUCGACACAGUGUAGUACGCCGACGAUACAGCGACUUCGAAUACUUCCGCGAUAUCCUCGAGCGCGAGUCGGCUCGCGUGACUAUACCUCCUCUGCCAGGCAAAGUCUUCACCAAUCGCUUCUCGGACGAUGUAAUUGAGCACAGGAGGGAAGGCUUGCAACGGUUCUUACAGAUUGUGGUGGGGCAUCCGCUGCUGCAGACUGGGAGCAAAGUCCUCGGACCGUUUGUGCAAGAUCCGAACUGGGACCGAAAUGCCUGGUAG